AUGCCUCGCCCCGGGAGGAACACGUACAGCGACCAGAAGCCUCCGUACUCCUACAUCUCCCUCACGGCCAUGGCCAUCCAGAGCUGCCCGGAGAAGAUGCUUCCACUCAGUGAGAUUUACAAGUUCAUCAUGGACCGGUUCCCGUAUUACCGGGAGAAUACGCAGCGGUGGCAGAACUCUCUGCGCCACAAUCUCUCCUUCAACGACUGCUUCAUCAAGAUCCCGCGCAGACCGGACCAGCCCGGGAAGGGCAGCUUCUGGGCUCUGCACCCGAGCUGCGGAGACAUGUUUGAGAACGGGAGUUUUCUGCGGAGGAGGAAACGCUUCAAAGUGGGCGGCAUGCUUUCCGCGGACCCGCUGGUUCCCACCAAGGCUCAGGACGCAGCGUCCUACCUGCAGCAGCAGCAGGCCAAGCUGCGGCUGAGCGCGCUGCACGGAUACAACCUGAGCUCCGUGUCUCAGCCUUCAAGCUUCAAACACCCGUUCGCCAUCGAGAACAUCAUCGCCAGAGAGUAUAAGAUGCCUGGCGGGCUGGCGGCCUUCUCCACCACCGGCUACCCGCUGCACAACCAGCUGACCCCGGCCUGGCCGCACAUGUACGGCUCCGGGAUGAUGGACCCCUCGGCCCCCAUCUCCAUGGCAACCAGCGACUACUCUCCUUACGGCAUCCAGUAUAAAUCCAUCUGCCACGGCGGCCAGACUCUUCCGGCCAUCCCGGUGCCCAUCAAACCCACCCCUGCCUCGCUGCCGGGCCUGCCGGGGCUCCACACACAUCUCCCCGCAUUCCUGGCGAGCUCUCCCCGCUCUCUGAGCCCCACAUCCCCGCAGACAGCCACCGGGCAGAGCAGCCCGGCCGGGCCCGGAGAGGCGCUGCCCUCCUUGGCCUCCAACACGCUGCAGUCCGUGGUGGCGGUGCACUGACCGGAAUCUGACUUUAUUCUUUUUUAUAUUAAAAAAACAAACAAACUCGAUUUAAAAAAAACAAAAAACAAAAAAGUGGAAAUGACU